AUGAAUACCACCACUACCGUCAAUACGAGUCCUUUGUCUUUACUAAGACGGACACCACGUCGAAAACUAUUUUCUUCAAGUGAAGAUGAUGAUAGUCCACUUUUAAUGUCUUUAAGAACAUCAAAGUCAAUAUCACUACUUAAUGGUAACAAUAAUUCAGCAGCUAUUAUUCCAUUAACCGGUAUCCUUGAAGCACGAACCACAUUAUCUUCAAUUGAAAACAAUCAUGUUAUAUCUACUCGUCAAUCAAAACUUGAACAAUUUGGAUUUGAUAUGUUACCUCGUUCAUCAGCAGUACUAAAACGUCAAUUAUGCAAAGAAAAUUUAAAACCAGUAACUGAUUCAAUUGUUCCUAUUCAUCGUACAAAUAAAAUAAAAAGAAUGCGAACUAUCGAAGCACAACAACAAUCGAUAAUGCCGUCGUCGUCUCAUACAAUGAAAACACGAUUUCAAUCAUCAACAGAUUCUCAUUCAGAUCAUUUAGUUAAAUUAUUUGAUAAGACACUUUCAACGGUCACACCUGUACGGGAUAGUACAAAUGAACAUAAUGUUAUUAAUAGUCGAUACCGACGUGGACAACCAUUACCGUUAAUAUUAUCAGAUAGUAGCCAUGAAGAUGAUAUGCCUGUAUUGACAUUGAGUGAUAGUGAUUUAUCAUCAAGUGAAAAUAAAAAACGAACAUUUGAACAACUACAAACCGAUGAAAAUAGUUGUGGUCGAAUAUUGAAACGAAGUAAAAUUGCACAUGAUGAAGAAAAUAAAGAAAACGCAUUUUUUAUUCAACCACCUGUAUCAAUUCGUAUUCGACGAGGAAUUGUUCGUAGUUUUUCAGAACAACAACCGAGUGUAAAUGAAGAACAAUUGAAAGCUUCAGUUGAACUUGGUUCAAAUCGUAAUUUAAUCGGUGAUCGUAGUCGAACUUAUUUAUUACCACGAUGUAUGAGUCGCAAACAUGCUGAUCUUGCUUGUAUCAGUGCUGAAACAACGAUCGAUCUUCUUCGUGGCAAAUACUCUUCCGAGAUUGAACAAUUACAUGUAAUCGAUUGUCGCUAUCCGUACGAAUACGAUGGAGGCCAUAUAUCGUCAGCAAAAAACAUCUUCACAAGACCACAAAUUCAUGAAGAAUAUUUCCGAUCACCAAUUAAACUAAAAGAUCCAACAAAACGAAUUGUUUUUGUAUUUCAUUGUGAAUUUUCAUCAGAACGUGCACCCUCACUAUUACGUUAUAUGCGGUCUGAAGAUCGAAAUAUUCAUGCAAGUAAUUAUCCAGCUCUUCAUUAUCCAGAAUUGUAUCUAUUAGAAGGUGGUUAUAAAGCAUUAUUUGAACAUUCAACAGAAUUCUGUAAACCAAGUUUUUAUCGUACGAUGUUGGACGAAAAAUUUCAAGAACAAUGUCGGCAAUUUCGAUCAUUUUCAAAACAAUCAGAAAAAUUCACUUGUUUAAGAGAAGAUAUAUCUCAUGUUGGUUAUGGUAUUCAAAGUAAUAGUAGACGUACACGUACAACAAUUCGUUCAAGUCUAUCGUUAUGUUUCACGAGUACAUCGCUAGCAAAUCAAAUGGAUCUCUCUUGA